AUGGGAUUCUGGUCGCUCUUUCUCUUUGGCUUCUUGGCCAUCAGCGCCUUUGGCCAGACACCACAAGAUACGUGCGGCAUCUGCGCGACUACGGGGCAGUGCAGCCAAGCGUUCAAGGGCCUGCCAGGUCAGUACUGCGGCAACUGGCUAAGCAGCGGCGUCAAACAGUUUUGCUGCUGCCCCACCGGCGCCACGUGUGCGAUUCCGCUCAAGCAAGAUGCGUGUUUGUGCACGGGCGCAAAGCCGACACCGCCGCCAGCACCAACGCCCUCCCCGACACCUGCACCGACACCCGCCCCGACACCUGCACCGACACCCGCCCCGACACCCAAGCUCGCGCCGACACCACCGCCAGCUCCCCUUGUCUUUCCGCUGCCGACAAGCAGCACAUGCCAAAAGUGCGCCAAUACGGGACAAUGCCAAGACGCGUACAAGGGUCUGCCGGGCAAGUACUGCGGUCCGUGGCUGAGCAGCGCCGUCAAGCAAGCGUGCUGCUGUCCGACCGCAGCGACGUGUGCGAUUCCGAUCAAGGGUGAUGCGUGCGUGUGCUCGUCGGUACCGACGCCAGCACCGACAUCCGCAAAGAAGAAGACGCCGGUCUGGGUCUUUGUUGUCGCCGGCCUCGCGGUUCUUCUCGUCGUCGCGGGGAUUUGGUGGUGGUGUCGCAACAAGAACGCGUCAGACGAAGACGACGUCGUCGUUGUGGAGCAAGCCGCCCCGCCGCAGCCCGUCGUGGUCUCGGCACCGGCUCCCGUGUACGUGCAGCAGCCACCCGUUGUCGUGCAGCAACCAGUGUACGUACAGCAGCAGCCUGUCAUUGUCGCCGACGAUCGGCCCCACUAUGGUGUCGGGACGGGGCUGGCGGUCGGUGCCGCUGCGGGUCUGAUUGGCGGUGUCGCGAUUGGCGCUGCGCUGAGCCACGACGAUGGCGGCGACCACGACCAGACUGCGUUCAACGGGGACUACGGCCACGCGUACAAUGGCGACACCGGCGGCCAAGUCUUCUCAGGCGAUUUUUAA